AUGACUGACUUUCACCCAACCCCUCUUCCUCCCCCAACACCCGCCAGCACCAUCACCAUCAAUGCCCUCAUUUACAUACCAGAACUCCUUCAACCCAUCGUAGACCACUUCGAACGUCCCGAUAUCUGCUCAUGCAUCCUCGUCAGCCGUCACUGGAACCAGUGCUUCACCCCUUCGCUCUGGCACACCGUCGACACCCUCUCCAAGCCCUGGCAAGAGCUCUUCCGCCGUCAUGACUGUAAAUAUGAUCUGCCAAGAGACAAAAUCGCGGCAAGGGUUCGGGAAACCAUUGCCAGCCAUGGACAUCAUAUCCGGCACUUGACAGCGACUUGGAACAUCGUCCUCGAGGCCGUGGCUGCCAAUAGUGGCUGCACAAAUUUGACGUCGUUGGUUGUUGGGUCCGUCAUGUAUCAUCGUAAGGUGACGCCUUUGGAUCUGAAGACUGUCAUCGCUGCACUACCCCACCCACCGUUAACGGUCUUGUACGCGACAGAUCAAACAGCGACUCCUCUUGUCCAAUGGCUGCACCUCCCAUGGGUCUCCAACCGGAGGAUCUACAGGACCGGCAUCGUCAAUGAGGACCUGAGGCGCAAGAUCACCGUCGAACGGUUCUGGUCACUCGUCCAACAAAACCCCGGUCUCGUCCGUUUGCGGUUCCCAACUCUCGGAGCCAUGAACGACCUGUCGAAGGAGUAUAUUCUUGAACAACUGUUGGCGUUGAAGGAGUUGCGGGAUCUGGAUCUGGAGCUGACACUGUUGGACGCCAGGACUAUACUGCGGUUGUUUCCAAAAUUGGAGCGGUUGAGGAUCUAUAAUAUGGAUGGGCUGAUGGUGUUAUCGGCGCAGGAACAGUACCGUAAUCUACGGCACCUAGGUCUGCGGACAUACGUCUUAUUCACCAAUGUUCUCAAAGUCCUCCAUCACCUUCCAGGACUAGAAGAACUCUGGAUAAAAGGCGUAGCAGUCGAACCAGUCGGACACCUGCGCACAACAAUGGCAUCCAUCCCUAUUACACUCUCUCCCAACGGACCCUCAACACGUGGGGACGAGGUGGUGGUAUCCCCACCUGUGAUAAAGGCCUUCUACAUCGACGAGACUCUCCCCCGGGAUGACGAAAGCAUCGCCUUACUUGUGAGGCGGUUCCCUCGUCUGGUCCAGAUUCGGGCGGGUGUUAACCGAGCGACGAAGAAGGCGCUUUGGGAGCAUUGUUAUUAUUUGGAGGAGAUGCAUGGUGUUAAGGGGGGUGCCGAGGCAUGGAAGCGACGGAGGGCUGAAGAUAAGCGGAAGCGGUGUAAAUAA